CUACACGUCUACUCCGCCGUAAACAUCCGGCGACACGUCUCUCAAACAUAGCGCUGAGCCGCUGGAUACGUCUUUAUUUAUUUAAUCCUCUCCAGACUUUUCAUAAAUGAGAAAUGUUGUGUCUUUGACGUUUUGAGACUCUGCCAGUUCGUUUUAAGUUGUUUUUUUCAUAACCUGCGGCGCUUUAGCCAAGCCCGGAGCUUCAAAUGGGGGAGGUGAGGAAGCUGCAGAAGAAGUUAAGACAGAUUGAAAAUCUGGAAAUAAAAAUCAGUCUUACCUCAGAAGAGAGGUUCAAGAUCUCCAGGAAGGCGGAGCUGCGUUCCAGAUUGGCUGAGCUUCAGCUGCAGCUUUCUGGCCCGCAGCAAACUCUGGGGAUUGUGGGAGACGGAAAAGAGGAGAAGAUGAAAAGACAAGUGGAGGAUGCCCCCGAGGCCCUUCCAUCACAAACGCCUCCAGCCUCCAAGAUCCUUAAGGGAGAAGAGGAGUCCAGACCUCGAGAAACGCCAGCGCCGGCUGCCAGGCCGAGAAAGACAGGAGGGGGAGCAGAGACAGGUAGACGGCAGGAGAGGACAGAGCCUGCCGAGGUGUCAGCUCACAGCCCAGACGUGUCAGGAGGCAGUCCGGGCUCUGACAACCAGAGGCUAGUGCAACAGGAAGAAGCAGAAUUUUCAUCCCUGCAGUCGUCUUGGGAGAAGGCGAAGUUCCGCUUGAGGCUGUUGGAGGGCCACAAUGACAUAGUCACCUGCGUGGUUGCUGUUGACAACCUAGUUGUUUCUGGAAGCCGAGAUACGACAGUGAAGGUGUGGCACGUUCCCACAGCAACGGAGCACAAGAACCUGGGGGGUCACACUGGUGGGGUCACCUGUCUGUCUGCUCCUCCUCCUGAGUACUGCAGGAGGCUGGCCCGGUCCCUGUCUCUGUCCGACAAGGAGAGAUUUAUUUUGAGCGGCUCAGCAGACUGCUAUGUGAAGAUCUGGGCCCUGAGCAUUGGGCAGUGUGUGAAGUCGAUAUACACAUUCAACGCUGUGACUGCGCUCUGUUUUGUGCCAGAGGAAGACGGCUACAUCAUCACUGGGUCAGACGGGGGGAAAGUUCAAGCCUGGAGCUGGCACACUUUCGAGAACUGCCAGUCAAUCAACGCUCACCAGGAAGCAGUCACCUCAAUCCAGUCUCAGGGUCCGCUGGUGUUCAGCGGCUCCGCUGAGGGAGGGGUGUCUGUGUGGGAGAACCGCUGUUCGGAUCGAGACCCCCUGAGGCUGCUGCACCACUGGAGCAGUGAGGUGACAGGCUGCGGAGGGGGGCCAGGGGGGCGCGUGACCCUCAGCCCGCGGGGCGACCGAGUGCUCCUGGCUCAUGGUCGAGCCUGGCUCAAGAACCUGCACUGGAGGAGCGGAACCAUGUCCAGACUGACCAAUCACAGCAGCAUCACCGGGGUAACAGAUUGUGUUCACCAGACAGGAGGCCUCCUAAUUGGUUCCUGCUAUGAUGUGGCAAAUGGAGAGAGCUCGCUGAACAUCUUCUCUCUGCCUCAGUGUCGGUACCUGGCUUCUCUGACCUGGCCCCAUGCUACCAGAGUCCUAUGCUUUGCGGCGUGGACCACAGGUAGCGGAGACCACCGGUGGGUAACUGGAGGUCGAGACCUCAUCGUAUGGGAGCAGCUCCCAAGCUCUGGAAAGCAGAGGGGUGAUGUCACAGCCAGGAGAGACAGUCGAUUGGAGUCCUGCUCGCUGGAGUCCGAGGGGGACACAGAGGAUGACGAGGAGACUGAUGAAUACGAAGAAAGAGACGGCGAUGAAGGAAGAGACAGUGGGUGUGAUGUCACAGAGGACGGAGGGUCUGCCUCAUGGCUACGCUGUGUUCUUCAGUGAGAGACGGAUUCUCACGCCGAGGACCCGACCGCCUCCAGACAGGAGCAGAAAUUGAGAGGGAGGGGUGAUGGCGAGGGAGGCGAGUGGAGUGUGACAGUGUCAGAGAGGGAGCAUAUGGAUGGAGAAAGUGUGAGUGAGUGUGUGUGUGUGUGUGUGUGUGUGAGUAAGCAGAUUGUUUUCUAUGUCAAUAUUAUUUCCAUAUACAAUAAAGCUGUCACAGAGUGACUCUGGCCUCCAAA